AUGGGGGCAUCUCAGUGCCGGCCGCGAGAUACGGGGAAGAGCCCGGAUGACCGGACGCUGCUGUCCAGUAGUGCUGAUGUCCACGCGGCCCACGUCGCCGUGCAAUCCUUCGGCUUAUCUGAAAUGUCCAUAACAUUCCACUUCGGCGAAUGGACCCAUCAAGAAGACCACACCGCUGAGCGGCGCAGGAACUUCAUGGCCAAUGGCAGCUCGUAG